CAGUUUGUAUGCGCGCGCCGAAUGUUUUUACCUGGCUAAUGACUGUUAUAAUUAGCAGUCGAAUAUUUUUGAAAAUAUUGAAAUGUGAUUUAGUGAAAAAAGUUAUCAAGUCACAAAUUAUAAAAUUCAUUUAAUUUUUUGAUGUUGUCAACACAUUAGAACUUUUCUAUAUAAAACAUAAUUCCAAUGAAAUGGUUAACAGAGAAUGGAUGAAGAUGGAUAUAAACGAUAUUUACGUGAAGACACGGGGACAAUACCAAAAUCAACACAACGUUCGAGAGAAAAAAUUUUGGUUGCACGUGCAGAGCACACACGUACUUUGCAAGCUAAUUAUCAAGAAAUAUCAAGCAAUUCUAGUGAAAGUGAGGAGGAGAGCAGUAAUAAUGGUGACUUUUCACAUUUGGAAAAAAAUGAAAGCUAUUUGCAUGCAAUGGAAGAGGAUAUUAAUUUUCCAGAACAAAUGGAAGAGGAAAAUAGCAGCAUUGAACAACGAAUGGAGGAAGAAUCUUCAGACGAAAAUAAAAAUAUUUCUAACGUUUCUGAAGAACGUGAUGAAUUAGAAACAGAAGAUCUGCAAGCUGAUAAUGAAUCAAAAGAUAGUGAAUCUGGUGGUUCCGAAAGUUCAUUUACAGAAGAAAUGGAGAGCGAUAUCUCUGAUUCUGAAGAUGAUGAAAUGUUUUCUGUGUAUAAUAGUGAGAAUGAUUUUAACGACUCGGAAGGAAGUCUUAAUAUAGAUGUCCAGGAAAGAAAUGUGAUUCAUGAUAACUGCGACCUCACAUAUGAAGAAUCUCAUCUAUUAAUUUUGGCACAAGCUCUUCGUAAUAAUUUAUCGGAUGUUGCUUUAGAAAGUUCUAUUAACCUAGUAGAUUGUCACCUACCAUACGCCGUACAUCGCAGCAAGUACAAUUUUUUGAAAUCUUGUCCUGAGCCAAACGUGAUUACAUACUAUUAUUGUCCACAAUGUUCAAUCACUAUUAAUUUUGAAAAUAUAAAUCGAGCAGAAUGCGAUGGAUGCGGAGUACAGCACAAUAAGUCAACUUUAAAAAAAGAUAUGAAUUAUUUUUUUUACUUACCUUUGGAGCCGCAGUUAAAGCGUUUACUUAAUAGCAAGCAUUUUCUAAAUUUUCGAAAAGAGUGCAACGAAAGUGAUGUUAUAAAAGGUAAAGAAUAUCGUCGAUUAGUUGAAAAAAACGUUAUUUCUGAAAAUGAUAUAACUAUUCAAUGGAAUAGUGAUGGAGUAAGUGUCUCUAAAUCUUCGAUCAAAUCUAUUUGGCCAAUUUUGGUUAUGGUCAAUGAAUUGCCUUACCGAUUGCGAAAAAAUAAUAUGCUUCUGUGCGGAUUAUGGUUUGGCACAAAACCGCAAAUGAACCUUUUUCUCCGACCAUUUGUAGAUGAGCUUAUUGAAUUGCAUGAUAAUGGUUUUAAAUCGACGACAUUUGUUUGUAAAGAUCCUGUAGUAAUAAAAGUGCAUACUCUUCUUUCUCCAGUAGAUUCAAGCGCGCGCUCAAAAAUACUAAAUUACAUGCAAUAUAAUGGAGAGUUCGGCUGCCCUUAUUGUCUUAAGAAGGGUGAAAGAAUACCUGUAGGAGCUGGAUAUGCACGUGUUUUUUGCGGAUGUAUUGAAAAAUUGCGAACAUUAGCCCAACACAAUAAAGAUGCUAAAAAAGCAGAUGGGAAGGUGCCAGUUCGAGGUGUAAAAGGGUACUGUGUUGUUAGCCUUAUACCUUUGUUUAACGUUGUUAAAUGUUUUCCACCAGAAUAUCUACAUUCUGUAUUAGAAGGAGUUACCAAAUUAAUUGUAAGCACUCUAUUUAAUUCUGCGAAUUUUAAGGAGGAAUGGUAUUUGGGCAAAAAAAUUAAAGACAUUGAUGAUAAAUUAACUAACACAAAGCCUCCAUCUGAGAUUACAAGAACACCACGUUCCUUAAAUCACCUUGACAAAUGGAAAGGUUCGGAAUGGAAAAGUUUCCUUUUAUAUUACUCAUUGGUAUGUUUUGAGAAUUAUUUACCUGCUAAGUAUUUAAAACAUUGGUUUCUUUUUGUUUAUUCAAUUACAAUUUUUUCCAAACAAGAAAUAAAUGAAAUUGAAUAUACAAAAGCUAGUGAAGCACUCAAAAAAUUUGUUUUGGAAAUAGAGAAUCUGUACGGGAAAGAAUAUAUGAAAUUCAACGUUCAUAUUUUACUGCAUAUUCCACCAGCUGUACGGAGUUUUGGUGCUCUUUGGGCGUGGUCAACAUUCCCUUUUGAACAUUAUAACGGAGUUUUGAAAAAAUUAUUUCAUGGUACUCAGUACAUUCCGGAACAAAUUUGUAAGUUCUAUACAAGACUCUCCUUCAUAAACUCAUCAUCAGACAUUUUUUCUAGAGAAGAUUGUAACAAGAGAGGCAAAAAGUUAUUUCGUUCAUUGAUGAAAGAGUGUGGCGUUAAGAGGUGUAUUCAAUACGAUGAUUUCUUAAGAAUAUUUGGUGCUUCAAAAGAUUUAAGUUUAACUUUAAUUGAAAAAAUCGUUAUUGAAGAAACUCUUCAAGAAACAAUUGAAGUAAAAGCUCAAUCAUUUGAACGUUUUAUUUUUAAACAUGUGUUAUAUCAUUCUUUCAAUAGUCGUAGAGUAAUUAAAAGAAAUAAUGGGACAAUUGAAACAGACGAUGGACGAUUUAUGAUUAUUUCUCACCUUCUCAUAGUAAAACUCGCUCGAAAUGGGGAAAAUAGACAUAUUCUUUUGGGAAACGAAUUACAAAAAGAAAAUAGAAUUUUGUGCUUCAAUGGAAACUUUUCUUCCAAUGACUUUUCGUAUAUUGUAAAAAAAACAAAUAAUAUCAUUUCCUGUUCUCUUUCAUCAAUUAAAAAAAAAUGUGUAAAUGUACAAAUGACCGAAACCAUGAGUAGCAUCGUACCACUUGUAAACCACAUUGAAACCGAUUGAAAUAAAAAUAUAAUUAUACAAGAUUAACGAACGAUAUUGUUAAUGCCAGUCUUAAUUUAAGCUCAGCUUGUGUGAAAAUAAG